GUGACACAUAUACUCAUUCCUAGAGGCCCCCGUUUUCAUUCUUCCUUAGACGGUCAAGCUCAAACUCAAGGCACAAUUACUUAACUCCAACCGAAGCACAUCUUCAACACUUGUUCCCUUAAUCCUGGCAAUCUGGCAUGACCGAGACAAACAAGCCAUUCCUCUUUAAUUGAUUGUGGUUGUAAAGAAAGAAGCUCAUCCUUGGAAGCCUUGGGUUGUUAUCGAAGAAUAGGCUCAGCCGAUUUUGGAUAAAAGAAAUCCCAGGAAGAGUUGAAGACCUUGUGGUUUAAAUUGACUAAAGAUAAGGUGAAAGUGGUGAUAUCAAAGGAAUUCCAAAGAGAAACUAAGUACUAACUAAAUUUUCAUCAUUUGAGAAUGGGAAGCGAGGAUGACAAGUCAAUUUCUGACUUGAAGGAAGAAAUUUUCCACAAAUUCAGAGAUUUCAUGACAGGGAUCACAAAGAUUGAUGAGUUGGGAAGUGCUGGAAGCAGGCUGCUGUCAGGCUUUCAACAAGCACUUGAGUUUAUUCGAAGGCCUCCUAUAGAUACUAAUUCUAAAUUAGUCAACAAGAUAAUCGUAGCUAAUGAAACGAAGAGAGUUGAAUCCUAUGUCAAUUCUGGAUGUAGGAACCCCAAUGAUGGUGUCCAGAGUGUAACCAAUUUGCACUCAUGCAAACAUGGAGUUCUUAACCAUAUAAGGCAAGCCAAGGUAAUACUUAAUGAACUUGAAGGUUUAUUGGGUGAUGUAACUAGUGCUCUACAAAAUGUACAUGGAAAUUUAUUUGCCCUCUCAGAUCUGGAUUUUGAUGUUGAAUUGAAUGAGCAGGCGAUCUAUAAUGACUUGGAGGAAAAUGCUGCUUCGUCACAUUCUCAAAGUACUGAUGUCACAACUACCAGAAAAAUGAAAAAUACUGAUGUCGCACGUUUAGCUGACCUAAUGGCUAUCUUAUACAGUAUGGUCAAGCGAGACUAUUUGAUGCAGGAAAGGAUAGUGUCAGCUUUAAAUCUCAAGUUGUCAUCAGAAGAACUGGAAAGCUACUGCCAAAUGUGGUCUUUGCGUCCGUUCAUAAAUGAUGAAAUCGUGCAUCAAGCUUGGGGACAUAUUCACUGAAAUGUUUUUUGUUCCUUAUUUGCAUAGAAUCAGUUACCA